GACCCCCUCGCCGGUGGAGGGACCCGGGUCGAGCCCGGGCUCUCUGUUAGCCAGAGGCAGGCGGAGGAGACCGGGUCGGCCGGGGCGAGCCGCCGAAGAGUAGCGGAGCCCGCCCUGCACGCCCGGGAGAGAAGUGGGAGGGAGGCAGAGAUACGUGAGGCAGCGUGGAGUAAGUGAGCUUGGGUCCGACUCGAGGUCGGGCUCAGGACCGAGACUGGUGGGCCAGGCCUCCGAGCCGGCGUUACACCCGCUCCGAGGAGCACUGAGCGGACACAGAGGGACGGACCGAGCGAGGACACAUGGCCUCGCCCUUCCUGCUCGCGGGGGCCACCACGGGCGACAGCGGCGGAGAGCUGAGCUCGGGGGACGACUCCGGUGAUGUGGAAUCCCUCCAGAGCCCCGAGACCGAGGCGUCCGGGAGCCUGACCGAGCUCUUUGAGAAGGCUGCAGCGCACCUCCAAGGCCUGGUUCAAGUGGCUAGCAGGGAGCAGCUCUUGUACCUGUAUGCCAGGUACAAGCAGGUCAAAGUUGGAAAUUGUAAUACUCCUAAACCAAGCUUCUUUGAUUUUGAAGGAAAGCAAAAAUGGGAAGCAUGGAAAGCACUUGGUGAUUCAAGCCCCAAUCAAGCGAUGCAGGAGUAUAUCGCAGUGGUUAAGAAAUUAGAUCCAGGUUGGAAUCCUCAGUCACCAGAGAAGAAAGGAAAAGAAGCAAAUACUGGUUUUGGUGGGCCUGUUGUUAGUUCUCUGUAUCAUGAAGAAAUCAUCAGGGAAGAAGACAAAAACAUAUUUGAUUACUGCAGGGAAAACAACAUUGACCAUGUAACCAAAGUCAUCAAAUCGAAAAAUGUGGAUGUGAAUAUGAAAGAUGAAGAGGGAAGAGCUCUACUCCAUUGGGCGUGUGAUCGAGGACAUAAAGAACUAGUUACAGUCCUGCUGCAAUAUAGAGCUGAUAUUAACUGUCAGGAUAACGAAGGUCAGACAGCUCUACAUUAUGCUGCUGCCUGCGAGUUUUUGGACAUCGUGGAGCUGCUACUCCAGUCCGGCGCCGACCCCGCUCUCCGAGACCAGGACGGCUGCCUGCCGGAAGAGGUGACAGGUUGCAAAGCUGUGUCUUCCGUGUUGCAGCAGCACACGACUGGCAAGGCUUAAUCAAAAGACUGGAAAACCACACUCUGUAACAUCAGAGAGCAUCAAUGAUGAAGGAAAACUGCAAAAAUAAUACUUCUUUUACCACCCGUCUUUGGUAUACAUUGGCUAAUAAAAGUGGUUCUGAGGAACUGGGAUUCUGAAGUCUCA